CGUUGUCAUUACGUAACGAUGUAGAUUUGUAGAAUUUAGAUAAGCGUGUCAAAGCGAUUGCCAGUAAAUUGUGCGAUAACUUAUAAAAAUAACUUAUGUGCACGAGUUCGCUUUCGAUACAAUUGCAACAUUAUAUCCGUAAUCGUAAUGAGUUAAAAUUAAGAGAUUAUGAUUCAGUUGGCAUAUAGUUUUCAUACGACAUACUUCGUGUACGUUGUUACUGCGUUAUUAAUUAUUAUUUAUUAUAAAUACAACAUAACUACAAAUAAAAAGUUUGCCAUGCAUAAUUGGCUUAAAACAGGACGGUUGUUGGCCAAAACAACAUGUAAUAAUAUUGAUGAGACUGUGGCGUCUUCAUCAACAAUAGAAUCUCAACAAGUUAUAUUGAAAGAUGCUAUUCCUAGUUGUUCGAUUACUAAUGUCAUUGAAAAGAAUUAUCAUAGUAAUAUUUCGGAAAAAAGUAUAGUUGUACCUGAAAUUAUUGAGUUAAAAUCUUCGAAAAAGAGAAAAUACGAUGAAUCCUACCUUCAAUUUGGAUUUAUUCCUGUUGGUACCGUAGAAAGGCCUGAUGGACAAUGUGUUAUUUGUAAUGUAAUUCUUCAGAACAGUUCUUUGGCACCUGCAAAACUUAAACGACACCUCGAAACCAACCUUUCAAAUUUGAUGAACAAGGAAAUGCUAUUUAAAAAACGUAAAGAAGAACAUAAUAGCAACUUGUCUGCCUUACAUAAAUACGCGAAAAACGACAGUGAAAAUGCAACAGAAGCAUAAUUUAUUUUGAGUUACAGCAUUGCUCGUGUAUUUUCUCAGUAUUUUCCUGCUACUAAUAAUGACGUUGAUUGGAUACAAAAUCCUUUUGUGAACCAAAAAA